GUGGUGGGAAAGACAUCCUAGCUCUGAGAAUGAGACUUUACUGGUUAAUGAAUGAGUCAUUUUCUCAUUGAAGGGAGAGAGACGCACACACACACACACACACACACACACACACACACAAAGUUCCUAAUAAUUCUGGCAAUGAAAAGAACCAACCCAUUGUUAAUGGACAAUAGGAGCCUCUGAGCUACAGUACCAGCAACAACGAAAGAUGAGAUCCCACCCGGACUGGAGUCACGGUGGCUCUGGCACCCAGGCGACAGGGAAUCUGGGACAAGCUACAUGAUGACUGUGUCUCAGCGGUUGCUUGGGGCUCGGGUCUCAUGUCUGGGGGCACUGCUGGGCUUCCUUUUCUUCUCAACAGUGCUGAAGGCAGCCCCUGAGUUCUCAGGUUACCUUCAAAAGGUGCUGAAGAACCACACAGCCCAUGCCUGUGAUGGGGAGCAACUGGGAGUCAUUUGUCCCCACAAGACCUCCAUUAGCAUCCUAUCUGCAUUUUAUGGGCGUCGAGUGCCCAGCCAGAACCUCUGCCCAAGCACUGGCAAUAUCUCUGGUGAGAGCAUCAUGUGUGUGUCUGCCACAGCCCGCCAGAAACUUCUGGAUGAGUGCCAGGACCAGCGCUGGUGUCAGUUCUCUGUGCAUAGCCCAGUGUUUGGGCCAGACCCGUGUCCCGGGACACGCAAGUACCUAAUAGUUUCAUACAAGUGCAGACCAGCUAACCACCGCAUUAAGACCGUAUGUGAGAAUGACAAGCUGAGGCUGCAGUGCAGGGCUAAAUCCAUCCUAGCAAUUUACUCUGCAAGCUAUGGCAGAUCCAUGAGGGGCAAACCAGAGUGCAACUCUGCAAACAGGACUGGACCCAAUGUAGAGUGCUUAGCUCCUGAUGCCUUGAGGAGAGUCUCUCGGAAGUGUCACAGGAAGGAGAACUGUACCAUCUCGGCUAACAAGGCCACCUUUGGUGACCCCUGCUUCCCUGGCGUGAAGAAACAGCUGAGGGUCUCCUAUACAUGUGUGCCAAGGCAGCUGCUCGAGGAGGUGGGCCAGGAUUCCCCAGACCCCUUCUCGCUCUCCGACUACACACAUGGUGGCUGGUACCGUGGGCCGAGGCUGUCCAGGCUCCAUGAAGAUCUGAUGAUUUUUACUAGCUCUCUGGAAAUGUUUGCCCACCUCUGGGGUGUCCCCGAGAAAGUGGGCCUCUAUUUUCUGUGUGGGGUUUCCGGGGGCCUGGUGUUCCUGCUUUGUAUCUUCAGCCCCAAAAUGGCCUUCAUACAGGACAUGAAGGAGGUCUUAAAAGACUCAAAAGUGGGGAGCAGCUUAGAGCAGAGCCGGGGCAAGUUACAGGAUGACCACAAUGAGGAUAACCACAACGAUGACAGCUCCUCAGACUCCUCGUUCCGCCACCUCAGCCGCACCUACCAUGCAUCCAACAUCUUCAGCCCGGAGCUGACCGCAGCCCUGGAGGGUGCUGCUGAGCACAGGGCCCACGAGGGAGAGGAGAUCUGGAUGCUCAAAGAGUCCAGCCCCUAUGCUAUUCACAAACUCAAAUCUGCUACCAAAUGAGAACAAGGAGCAGGGGCCACCCGUCAGAGCAAUGAGCCAGCACUGGCUCCACAUCAGCAAGCAGCAAUUCCUGGAGUGGGGGCGGGGUGGGAAGGGAGACAAUUUUCAUCUCUGGGGACCCAACUCAUAACAGGCUUAGGUCAUGUGCAACGAGUAUGUUGAUAACAGUCUGAUCCCUGACAGAGAUUUGUCAUGACUCAAACAAAGCUAGGCAAACUAGUAUACAUUCUGUGAACGCCAUGUAAUAACUUUCCUGCUAUAGAAACCAUACAUUCCAUAAUCAGUAUUUAUAUCACACACAACAGAAGCAUAUUUGUUACGAUUGGCAGUCUCUGCUCAAGAGGCGAGCUGGUUGGAGAAAUGUAGACAUAACCAUAUUCACCAGAAUAUACAGUUCUGUUGAAAGCAAAACGUUUCACAAAAUGGGGUUGAAUUCUGCCUGAACUUUGUUUAGGAAGAAAUACAUGGGGGAAAAUGGAUUCCAACAAUGUUGAAAUGACCUGUACCAACAUUUUCAGAAUGAAACUUUUUUGAUUUUUUUUGUUUUGAAACAACUUUUAGUUUCAAUUUUUUUGCAUUUUGUAGUAAAUACAAAAUUUUUAUAAUACAAAAUGAAAAAAGUAAAAAUUGAAACAAUAUGUUGCGCAUGUCCCCAAAAGAAAUAUUUUUUGGAAUGUUCCUUUGCAGAAAACAUUGAGAUCUUCAGUUUAGGAAAAACAAAAAUUGUGAAAUCUCAAAAUCCUUCUGUCCUCCCUGAGAUCCUGGUUUAAAAUAGCAGGGAGUGCUGCAGGGCAGGAUUGAAUGGGAUUGUCUGUCAUUUCAACUGGAAGUUCUGACUGGGAGUUACCCUGGUUUGGUUACCAAGAAGAAUCCAGAAGUGGAAACCUUGCAUUGUCAUUAGAGUUGGGUGUUUGUCAGUGAACUAUCUCAAUAAUAUCAAGCAAGAAAUCAGACUGGUACAUUAUGUGGUGUUUUGUCUGAUUUCUUGGUGACAUGUGACUAAUUUUUAGCCAAUUAAUGAUGCAGUUCAUACUGAAUGCUCUGCUUACUCAUGGUUGUGUUGCAGUCAAUUGCUAACACUCAGUUACUGUUAAUUUCUUGGCUAUAGGCCUAUUUAUAAGGCCCCUUUAUCCUCCUUUUCACUCAUUCCUAACUGUCUUCUGUUUUUUAUUCCAGUUAUGUCAUUUUACAUUACAAUUCAUGGUCAAUGUUCCUUAAUGAUAUGUGAUAACAUUGUGUGGAUAGAGAGCCAA